GCCAGCGCACGGUGCCCUCCUGGAAGAAGCCUAGAUUACGCUGCCAUCCGAAGCCAGCAAGCGGCACAGCAAUGGACUCCAAUCUGCAGGGCACCUUCCUGCUCAACAAUGCCUCCCUUGCCUCUUUCCCGGAAGUCAAGGCACCCAUGUGCCAGUAUUCGGUGCAGAACUCCUUCUACAAGCUCAGCCCUUCGGGGCUCAGUGCCCAGCUGGCAGCCGGCACACCGCACGGCAUCAGCGACAUCCUGAGCAGGCCACUGGCUGCGCCCAACAGCGCCCUUUUGCCCGGCUACUCCCAUGUUGGCGGAUUCAACGGAUUGGGAACCCAGAGCAUUUACUAUGGGUCCCAAGUCGGGAACUUCUCCAAGGCCGGGAGCGAAUACGCAGCCAGGGGCCGGAGCUGCUGGGCAGAUACGGGGCAGGAGUGGCACGGAGGCCGGCCCUGUGGCAACUCCACGGGGCACAUGUCUGACGGGCUCCACAAGAAGCACACGCGGCCCACCUUCACGGGGCACCAGAUCUUCGCCUUGGAGAAGACCUUUGAGCAGACCAAAUACCUGGCCGGACCGGAGCGGGCGCGGCUGGCCUAUUCCCUAGGCAUGAGCGAAUCCCAGGUGAAGGUGUGGUUCCAGAACCGGCGCACCAAGUGGAGGAAGAAGAGCGCCCUGGAGCCCUCCUCCUCCUCCUCGCCGAGGGCCGGGACUGGGCCGGGCGAGCGCUCCAUCUCCGACGAGGACGAUGAGUACAACAAACCCCUGGACCCCGAUUCGGACGAUGAGAAGAUCCGGCUCCUGUUGCGCAAACACCGGGCUGCCUUCUCCGUCCUGGGACUGGGCUCCCACAGUGGCUGA